CCCGUGAGCGCUGUGUGAAUUCAUAAUUAAACCACACCGGCAGUCACCCACAUAACUCGGAAAAAUUUCUAGUUCUCACCCUCACAAUUUUGCCUUCGUUAUCCACCUCGAAAGGUGUUUCGGUGAAAUGUCAUCUCAGAGGGAAGAAAUGAUUCUCUCCGAUAUUCUCAAGUGCUUUCGAGCGCCUUUGAGUGAAGAACAAGCUUGGGCUGUGUGUUAUCAAAGCACUAAGGAACUGAUCGCCAUUCAGAAAGAGAGCUUUGGGGCAUUGAGACAGCAAAAAAUCGACAUUCAACUGUCGACGAUUGAAAUUCGCAAAGACGGUAGUGUUUUCUUCACUAAGAUAGACGAAUCGAACUCGGUUCAACGAGAGUCUGCUGUCCUUUUCGACUUGGGAAGCGUUGUUUAUGAGUGCCUAGACUACGGUAUGGAGGCGUUUGUAGAACGUGAACUCGAUGAAGAACUCGAAAAACUCAUUGUGGACAUGACCAACUGUGAUCACAUUGGUGAAGGGGUUUUGAUUCCAGACAACUUGAGCUUUGAUCUACCGAGCCCUCGGGGAAGGUUGAUAUCGAAAAAUGAAAGUGAUUGCUCCGAAAAGGUUCAAGAAAUCAUGAGCUGUGAUAUCACGCUGGAUGCUGUUUUGAAUCGCUGUGCUAACCACCUGCCCAAGGACAUUAUCGACCCAGGUGAACAUUUCCGCGCAGUGAGUCGAGCGCUCGUCAGCGAAGCAGUGGAAUUGUCAGCAUUUCUUCACCAACUCUGCAAUGGACGCGCUCUUGUCGCUCAAACAUGGGGACGUGGAGUAGGACCGACAAAUUGGGCUUUCUUACAAAGCUUACAGGCGGCAGAGUGGGCCCAGUUAUGGCUGCAAGUCAUGAAAGAGCUGCGACAGGGGGUGAGCUUACGGCGUGUUGAUCAAGCCAAAUUACCGCUCGUCACAUACGAGCUGUCGCCUUACGAGAUUCUCCUUCAGGACAUUCGGAACAAACGCCACACUUUGAACCACGUCGACAUCAAUGCCAUGGUGAAAAAAGACGCCCACGAUGUCAUUCUGGAGUUCAUUCGAUCCAGACCGCCGUUAUCGAAGGUGAGCCUUCGUAAGAUGAAGCAAUAUCCGAAGAAAAGUCCGAGCCCGUUUGAUAAGUUAUUAAAUGAGAUCCGAUCACAGCCGAAGUUGAGGCCUGCACCUCGACCAGCCUUAAAGAGCGUGAGAGAAAUCUACUUUGAAGAGAAAACUGGCGUUCCCUUAAACGAGACGGAUGUAGCACCACCCAAACGCAAAUGCCUCAAACCAACAAUCAAACUGACAGAAUUGAUCAAUCGCUGGGAUUCCUCGUCUACUGUGGAGAUAGACCCAUCACCGACCAUCAGCCGAUCGGAAACACCACAAGUCACAAUAGCUGAUGAGGAAGAUAUCAACGAAGACAACUUCCUAAGCAAACCCGAAGAGAUUUUUGGAAACGUUACCAGGAGGGUUAGUAACUCGAGUGAUUCUAGCUUUUUGUCGCUCGAUGACGAGGACUGCAUCAAGAACAGAAGUUUCGCCAGCUUUGAAAUGAGCGACCCCGAAUGUGAGCCAGUGUUUCCACCGUCUCUCUACAACCUCCGUAACCUCGCCAUUACGUCUAAGAUCUACAUGACCCUCAAGGAAGUGAAGCACGUACGUAAGACGUUAGCUUCGUUAGAUUUGGGUGCCCUGGACCCCGAAGAAAAGCUCUACAAAGAUUUAGCUCAUGGGAGGCUGUGUUUUUGCUGUCAGUCCAGGAAAUUCUCCUUAUUUGGAAAGUGGUCGCGUGUUUGUGAAAUCUGCGAACGUAAGGUCUGUGACUCUUGCAUUCAUGUCAUGGAAUCUUCAUCCAGCUAUAUUUUCCAAGAAGAGGUAAAUUUGAACCAAAGAGAUUCCGGAAUCGCUGACAUGUCCUGGCCAUUUGUUGGUUACCUAAGCUUAGGCGGAGAGUCUGACAACGGAAAAUCGCGCAAGGUUUGCCUUGCUUGCAAACGAUUCAUAAAUAUGCAUUGCUAAUUAUUUGAUUCUAAAACUUAAGGGUUGUAUAAGGAAACCUGGUGACAUGGUAUUAUCUAGAGAUUACUAAAUUCGCGACAGGGUAAUUUCAAAUGUUUAUUUUGACCUCGUUAUAAAAUAUUUAAAUAUCUGAAAAACUGUAGAGAAAAAUUGGAAUUCGACGACGCAGUUAAUGCUUUGAGCUUUCAUUUUGUCAAGGAGUCUCGCAAUUGAUAGACGAAAAAUGGAUGUAAAUCUCGCUAGAACCAAAUAAGCAGUUAUCUCUUGGAUAUUUCUAACCAUAAAAGUUAAUUUUAUGUUAGUAACCUGUAAUACAUUGAAAUUGCACUUAUAAGUUUUCUGUUCGUUAAGAAAGAUACGGCAACACUGCAUUCUGCAUGUUGAGUGAUUUUCUUGAACACUUAGUGGAAGAUUGCUUUCCAUGAAAUAUCCAAUUGUCUUCGCCAUCCCGAGCGUACAAAGAAAAAGUCUCAGUUUUGUAAUUGACAUUUGAACUAGAAGGAAAACAAAAUGAAAUGUGUAAACUUGAUAAAGAGUUUGUAAAAGAUUAUCCGCAAGGUUAAAUUUUGUAAAAAUGUCGAUCGGACAUUACAGAGAGUGGUUGAAACGCAAAAAUAGUGCAUGAAGACGCAAUAUGUAAAUUUGUGGCAGUCUGUUCGAAUGUUAAUUAUUUAAUUAUAGAUAGAAUUGAUUAAAGGUGUGAAUAUUGCUCCAGACGGAAGAAUAUCGUUUUCAAUUUAUAAAAAAUUGUGCAUCAAUUCUGAAAGCAAUCAAUACUUCAUGUAAUCACGAUUGAAAAAGAAAUAAUUACAUGAACCAUGGACAAGAGAACAGUUCUCUUGUUGUGAAAGGGUAAGAUUAACCAGUUACUUAACAAUUAAGUACGAUAUUUAUUUUUUGUAAGAGAGCACAUCGUGUGGUCGUAUUCCAUUAAUUUAAGAUGCAAAUAAUGUAUUAUAGUAUUGUGUAAGAUACAGACACAAUUGGCGAUGAUGGCCAAGAGCUCCGCACUUGAGCAAGAUGUGAAUAAAAGAAUUCUACAGAGUA